AUGAGCGUAUCCGAAAGGAAGUCGCGCCCGCACUUGGUGUACGUGUGCACGAAGUGCGAAGUCGGGCUGGAUGUUAAGGAGAAUGCAGCUCUCAGGCCAAAGAUCAACGUUGUGGAUGACGACAGCAGCAUAACGGCGAAGCAGUUCAUGGAGGGGCUCUUCAGGAACCACUUCUUCGGACACUGCUCCAAUGCAGCGUUCGAGAAGUCGAUGAGGAUUUCUUCGAAGCCAUGGAACAGCGACGUUGGACCCCCGGUCAACGUACAAUUGGAGCUGGAGAGGAAGGCGCUCGAUAUCCUGGACGAUAGCGGGCGAAUUUACGUGGAGUGGUUCUCCUUCCGCUGGCAUCCGAUGACGCCGACCUAUGCUUGCCACAGCCGGAGACGAGCCAGCGACCUAUGGAGCCGGAGUGAGCCGGACUCUGCGUGUGAGGAUAAUUUUGUCCGAACCACAAGUCUGGCUCCCACGUCGUUCAAAAAUCCGGAUCACCCUGACUUAGGUCAUUCGCGAUCCAUCGCUCUGGGGCAGUUUCUCAAGAAUGAUAGCAGAUUGUCCAAGAAUCCGACACUCAAGGCCGAAUACGAAGCUAUCCUGCAAGAGUAUCUCGACUUGGGUCAUAUGAGGCCAGUGUUCUCACAUUGCAAUCCUGCAGUGAGUAACUUUUACUUGCCUCACCAUGCGGUCUUUAAGACCGACAGCACCACCACCAAAGUGAGGGUGGUGUUCAAUGCAUCGUGCCCAUCUUCCAAUGAGAAGAGCCUGAAUGAUAUUCUUCAUCCAGGCCCGGUCCUUCAGUCCGACCUCACGAUGCAAAUCCUUCAAUGGCGAUACUAUCGAUACGUGUUUAAUGCCGACAUCACUAAAAUGUAUCGCCAAAUUCGUGUUGAUCCAAAACACACCCCCUUCCAACGGAUCCUUUUCCGUAAGCCAGACGGCAACAUCGGGGACUUCGAGCUAAGCACCGUCACUUUUGGAGUAAACUGUGCUCCCUUCCUGGCUUUGAGAGUUCUCAAACAGCUCGCAAAUGACGUGAGAUCCCGUUUGCCUCUCGCCAGCAAGGUCAUCUCCGAGUGCAUAAGCUCUGUAGAGUGCGGGGUUUCCCUUAAGGAAGUGGACAUCCAAUUCCAUGGAUUGUUUGAAGGCUAUCCCAAGAGUCAUCGGCUGUGCGAGGACUUCUUAGAGCUUGAAGAUUCCAGCACGGCAAAGACCCUAGGCCUACGUUGGCAAGAGCAUGCCGAUCUUUUCUUUUUUUCGCCCCCUGACAUUCCUCUCCAGGAGUCCUACACAAAAAGGUCGGUCCUUUCACAGAUCGCCAAGUUGUUCGACCCUGCAGGGUGGCUGGCACCCUUUGUCAUUCGUGCAAAAAUAUUUAUGCAAGCGCUCUGGCUACGCGGUUUAGAUUGGGACCAACCUCUGCCUGGUGAUCUCCUCACCCAAUGGCAAGAGUUUAUCCUCAGCUUCUCCAGCCUUCGGGAUAUUCGUGUGCCUCGAUGGGUACACUUCCAGCCUCGAGCUACUAUCCUAUUUCAUGGGUUUUGUGACGCAUCUGAGCGUGCUUACGGAGCGGCUGUCUAUCUCCGUGUAGAACUUGGCAACCAGAUCUUCGUCAAUCUGCUCUCCGCCAAAACGAGAGUCGCUCCGAUCAAAUCCCUUUCCAUACCCCGCUUGGAGCUUUGCGGUGCUGUCCUUCUGACCGACUUAUGCUCAGUACUGCUGCCGGCAUCCCCAGCAGUCAGUUUUCAGUCCCUUUAUUGGACCGAUUCGACUAUUGUCUUAGCCUGGCUAAACAAGCCUGCGUGCAAUUGGACAACCUUCGUCGCAAAUCGGAUCAGUAAGAUAACUGAGCUCACCAAUCCUGGUGACUGGCGUCAUGUCAGCUCAGAACAUAAUCCUGCGGACAUAGCUAGCAGGGGAGCUCACGCACAGGAGCUUCUCUCAAAUCCGCUAUGGUUCUAUGGGCCAGACUGGCUUCGACUUUCCCAGUCUCACUGGCCACUCGUUCCCGCUCUUAGCUUGGAAACUGUUCUGGAGCAAAAAUCAGCUAAAAGUCAUGCUGCCACCUUGACUCCUUCAACUGAGUUCACAAGCAGGUUUUCAGAGCUUCAUCGGGCCCUCCGUGUCACCGCUUGGAUGUUUCGUUUCAUCAAUAGGUGCAGGAGAUCCGCCCCACCUCCGUCGCAAGAGCUCAGUGCUGAUGAAUUGCACUUUAUUCAGGCCAGGUUCAUCUCCUUGUGCCAAAAGAGAGUUUACGCAAAAGAGAUCAGUUGUUUACGUGCACAGCAACAACUUCCGGCCUCAAGUCCACUCCGAAAUCUUAAUCCUUUCCUGGAUAAUAAAGGUAUCCUGAGAGCAUGCGGACGCAUAAGGACAUCCGCCUCCUUAAGCUACGACGAACGCCACCCCAUCAUCCUCCCUUCCUCGUGCUCUUUCACAAAGCUGUUAGUCCGUUUCACCCAUCGCAUAUCCUUGCAUGGCGGGAACCAACUAAUUGUGAGACUCAUCCGUUCACAAUUCUGGAUCCCUAAGCUGAAGGUCCUCAUCAAAUCGGUAAUAAACUCAUGCAAGUCCUGCGUAGUUUAUCGUAAGCGUCUCCAAACGCAAAUGAUGGGCGACCUGCCAGCUGAUCGCACAACCUUCACAAGGCCCUUCACCGUCGUAGGCGUCGACUUUGCAGGCCCCUUCGAUGUGAAGAAUUACGCCGGACGUGCCUGCCUCAUUACAAAGGGGUACGUCUGCGUGUUUGUGUGUUUUAGCACCAAGGCUAUCCAUCUCGAGGCCACAUCCGACUUAACCACCGAAAAAUUCUUAGCGGCGUUCUCCCGCUUGGUGGCUCGGCGUGGAUGUCCGCAGAAGAUUUACUCCGAUAACGGGAAAACGUUUGUCGGAGCCGCAAAGACUUUGUCUCGAGACUUUGUAGAAUCACUUCGAUCCGAGGUGCUUGCAAAGCACACUCUCCAUAACCUAUCCUGGCAUUUCAAUCCACCGAGUGCACCACACAUGGGCGGCUUGUGGGAAUCAGGGGUGAAGAGUUUCAAGGCUCUAUUCUAUAAAUCCACUGCCACGACGAAAUAUACUUUCGAGGAGCUUUCGACCCUCUUGGCAAGAAUAGAAGCCUGCCUCAACUCGAGACCGAUAGCACCCAUGUCCGAGGAUUCCACCGACCUACAAGCCCUUACUCCAGGACACUUCCUAGUCGGUGGGCCUCUUAUAACCAUUACUGAGCCCAGAAUUACGCAAGAUGCGAUGUCUAUCCUGAAUCGCUGGCAGCGACUUAAGGCUCUUCACCAACAAUUUUGUUUCCGUUGGAAAGAAGAGUAUCUUAAGGAGCUGCACAAACGUAAUAAAUGGCAAUUCGCACAACGUGACUUGAAGGUCGGCGACAUGGUCAUCGUGAAAGACGACAAUGUCGCCAUCAACGAGUGGCGGCUCGGCCGUGUCCACCUCACGCACCCAGGAGAUGAUGAGAAGGUCCGAGUGGCGGACAUUCUCACCUCCCGGGGCAUCGUCCGUAGACCCGUCCAUAAGUUGGUCAUCCUACCAACGGACGAUAAUACCCCUGUGAUGUCCAACUAA